AUGAUUGUGGAUGACGAUGUUGGUGGUAUCACUGUUAUAGGAGGAGAUACUUCCACCGUGUGUACAGUCGCGGUGGAAUUUGAACCUGUUGAUGGCGAAAGGAAGCCAGAAGAUGUAGACGUAUUCAUUGGAAAACUCGAAAACUUAUGUCAAAAUUUGUCAAAAUUUGAAUUGAAUGUACACAAGAU